ACACGCGGCCGCCCGACUCCCCGCGCCCGCUUUCCUGCGCGAAGUGCGAGGUGUCCCCGCGGCGCCGCAAGGCCCGUCCCGAUUGCGCCCCGUGAUUUGUUUUGUGUUUCUUUCCGCUCUCCCGCCGCAGGCAGCCGGGGAGAAGAUCUCGGGGAGCCCCGAAGCCACCCACUCGCAGUAGUUGGGAGAGGCUCUGCAGUCCGACCAUGCUUUAAAGAACAUCUCUGGGAGACAAAAAUAGCUCCAGUUGUGAGAGGCCUACACACCGAGAAGGCAUCUGAGAUGCAAGUCAGCAAGUGCGAGCCGCGAACAUGAGUGUCUGGCCCGGGGUGGAUGCUCCUCGCUGUCUGGGUGCUGAUUCUCUGCCAGGGCCCGUUUAUCUCUUGAGGAACCUGAGCCAUUUGACCUGUAGACUUUCCCUGAGCCUGAGUUUUACUGACUGCAAACUCAUAGUGCAGUUCAUCACAGUCCCCCGUCCCCUGCGUUUCCUGCAAAUUGGCAGCUGGAUCCAGAGACUGGAUUACACUCAGGUUUGAUUCCUUUGGCAAGACCACAGGUGUGGCUGGCAAGAGCUGACAAUUUACUGGCUCAUCAAUGAAACAAUAUUAAAUUAUGAAGAUGUAAGGAAAAAAUCCUUCGCUAACAUUGUUGCAGUUUGAAAGCUGUGUCUGUAUUGAAAAAAAGGACAGUUCGGAGCGUGCUGGCAUUUUGCUCCCUCCACAUCCAGCUCCCAUUCCUACUAGAGUGAACAAAACUUUAAUGUCUAGAGCAUUUAUGAGGGUUUUAAUGAUUGGAAAAUCUGUCCUGAGAAUGUGGUCACCAUAUGUGACAGCCUUGCUUUCUAUCUUGUCUUCAGUUUAUGGGGCUUCUCUGCAGAAUGUCAAACAAAGAUCGACACAUUGAUUCCAGCUGUUCGUCCUUCAUCAAGACGGAACCCUCCAGCCCGGCCUCCCUGACGGACAGCGUCAACCACCACAGCCCAGGUGGCUCUUCAGACGCCAGCGGGAGCUACAGUUCAACCAUGAAUGGCCAUCAGAACGGACUUGACUCGCCACCUCUCUACCCUUCUGCUCCUAUCCUAGGAGGUAGUGGGCCUGUCAGGAAACUGUAUGAUGACUGCUCCAGCACCAUUGUUGAAGAUCCCCAGACCAAGUGUGAAUACAUGCUCAACUCGAUGCCCAAGAGACUGUGUUUAGUGUGUGGUGACAUCGCUUCUGGGUACCAUUAUGGGGUAGCAUCAUGUGAAGCCUGCAAGGCAUUCUUCAAGAGGACGAUUCAAGGUAAUAUAGAAUAUAGCUGCCCUGCCACGAAUGAAUGUGAAAUCACAAAGCGCAGACGUAAAUCCUGCCAGGCUUGCCGCUUCAUGAAGUGUUUAAAAGUGGGCAUGCUGAAAGAAGGGGUGCGUCUUGACAGAGUACGUGGAGGUCGGCAGAAGUACAAGCGCAGAAUAGAUGCGGAGAACAGCCCCUACCUGAACCCUCAGCUGGUUCAGCCAGCCAAAAAGCCAUUGCUCUGGUCUGAUCCUGCAGAUAACAAGAUUGUCUCACAUUUGUUGGUGGCCGAACCGGAGAAGAUCUAUGCCAUGCCUGACCCUACUGUCCCUGACAGUGACAUCAAAGCCCUCACUACACUGUGUGACUUGGCUGACCGGGAGUUGGUGGUUAUCAUUGGAUGGGCGAAGCAUAUUCCAGGCUUCUCCACGCUGUCCCUGGCGGACCAGAUGAGCCUUCUGCAGAGUGCUUGGAUGGAAAUUUUGAUCCUUGGUGUCGUAUACCGAUCUCUUUCAUUCGAGGAUGAACUUGUCUAUGCCGAUGAUUAUAUAAUGGAUGAAGACCAGUCCAAAUUAGCAGGCCUUCUUGACCUAAAUAAUGCUAUCCUGCAGCUGGUAAAGAAAUACAAGAGCAUGAAGCUGGAGAAAGAAGAAUUUGUCACCCUCAAAGCAAUAGCUCUUGCUAAUUCAGACUCCAUGCACAUAGAGGACGUGGAGGCUGUUCAGAAGCUGCAGGAUGUGUUGCACGAGGCGCUGCAGGAUUACGAGGCGGGCCAGCACAUGGAGGACCCGCGCAGGGCCGGCAAGAUGCUGAUGACGCUGCCGCUCCUGAGGCAGACCUCCACCAAGGCGGUGCAGCACUUCUACAACAUCAAACUAGAAGGCAAAGUCCCCAUGCACAAACUUUUUUUGGAAAUGCUGGAGGCCAAGGUCUGACUACAGGCUUCCCGGGCCUUCCUAACCUGCACGCCAGAAAAGGGAAAACUAAACCCAAGAGCGAUGUCGAAGAAACUUAGCGUUUAGUUACCAACAUCAAAAAUCAACGGACUGCACUGAUCAUUUAGCAGCAAGACUAUGAAGCAGCUUCCAGAUUCCUCCCAAUCCUCCUGAUGCGUUUCUUUCUCCCUUUUCUCAUCGUCCUUCUGCCUUUCUUCCCUCCUUUCUCGGCCGCUUUAUUGCUUUCUUUUCUCCCUCCCUGAGUCCUCCUCUCCCUCAUUUCGUGGCUUCCUUCACUACCGCUUCCCUUUCUCCUCCACUGCCUUCCUUCCCUCUUCCUCCUCCUCCUCCUCGCCUCCUUCCCUUUUCUCCACCUUCCCCUUUCUGCUCAACUGAACGUUUCUCUAGUUGUAAGGAAAUUGUCCCCUGCCUUGCCUUGCCUUGCCGGCC